AUGGUGCAGAGUGAGAGUGAAACUUGGUCUUCUGAAGACACAUUAAGGGUUUUAAUUGCAUCAGACAUCCAUUUAGGUUAUUUAGAAAAUGAUGCUGUGCGUGGUGAAGACAGUUUUAUCGCUUUCGAAGAAGUAUUAUCUUUAGCUGUCCAAUACGACGUGGAUUUUAUUUUGCUCGGUGGAGAUUUAUUCGAUCACGCAAAACCGUCGCCUAAUUGUAUGUACAAGUGUACACAAAUAAUUCGCAAAUAUUGCUUUGGCGACAAGCCGAUCGGCGUAGAACUAUUAUCUGACCAACUCCAAAACUUUUCUCGAGUGAUUAAUUAUGAAGACCCCAAUUUAAAUAUUUCAUAUCCUAUAUUGUCAAUCCAUGGCAAUCAUGAUGACCCUGUUGGACAAGGCAGUAUAAGUUCCUUAGAUAUACUUUCCAUAACUGGGCUUGUUAACUAUUUUGGUAAAUGGAGUGAUUACACCCAAGUUAGAGUGUCACCUGUACUCAUGCAAAAAGGGGAAACAAAAGUGUCCCUGUAUGGUUUAAGUCACCUCAAAGAUCAACGCCUUUCACGCUUAUUUGGAGAGAAAAAAGUAGAAAUGGAUCUUCUUGAAGAUAACAAUGACUGGUUUAAUAUUCUAGUGCUUCAUCAAAAUAGAGCUGACAGGGGACACGGCAAUUAUAUAUCAGAAAGUGUGUUACCUAAAUUUUUGGACCUGGUUAUCUGGGGACACGAGCAUGACAGUCAAGUGUUUGCUAUAAAAGAUAUAAAAAGAGAGAAUGAGAGCUUCUGCAUAGUCCAACCAGGCAGUACUGUUGCUACAUCAUUAGCUGCAGGGGAAGCCCUACCAAAACAUUGUGUUUUAUUACAAUUACAUAAAAAAGAGUACAUAUUAACUCCACUGCCCCUGAAAACUGUGAGACCCUUUAUUUUCAAAACUGUUGUUUUGUCUGAAGAAAAUUUAGGUGAGGAUAACAUUAAAGAAAAUGAGAGAGUGCAAGCUUUUUUGAAAGAAAAGGUAGAAGAAGCUAUAGAAGAAGCAAAUAAAAUUCGUAGUGGUGAUCCUAAACAACCUAAACUUCCCUUAGUGCGGCUUUCUGUGUUUUAUGAACAUGAGGGACAAGAUUUUAACCGCAUGAGAUUUGGUCAAAAUUUUAAUGGUAUGGUGGCAAAUCCAAAUGAUAUCCUAAUCAUGAAAAGGGAAAAAAAGAUCAGAGAGCAUAAAGAAAAGGAAGACAUUGAGGAGGUUGAUAUGGGGCGAGCAGCAGUAGAAGCAAAUGAUGUUGAAUCUCUUCUUCGCACAUAUUACACGGCUAUACCGCCUGAAAAGCGCCUCGCUGUAUUAUCUGUAAGAGCUAUUACAGAAGCCGUACGUGAUUUCACUCUGAAACGGGAUGAUGGUGUGUUUCGUCGUGUACUGGAGGGACAUAGGCGGCGCUAUGUUGAUUUCCUACUUGAAUCAACGGCUGAAACAGAAGAUGAGGUAAGGGAGCAAAUACGUUAUUGCAAAGAGAGUUUGGAUGCAACAGAUGAGGAACAGUUAAAGGGUUUGAUUGAGAAGGCUGCGAGUCGUCCUAAACUAGUUGUGGAAAGUGAUGAAUCAGAGCCAGAGUUGGAGCAGUCUAUGGAGAGUGGAAGGGGUCGUGGGAGGGGUGGACGAGGUCGCCCAGCGCGGGGCCGGGGCCGGGGACGAGGUCGGGCAGCGGCGGUGGAGCCCACACCAUCUCCCGAGCGCCGGACGCCUCGUCGUUCGGCCGCUCAAAAAACCACCAAGUGGCUGCAAAAUCUAACUGCCGAGAGAAGUUUACGCCGGCGUCGGGACUCUUCAGAAAUCGAAAUCUCCGACUAA